AUUUUAUUUUUUGUUGCUUCCUUUGCUUCCUGAGUGCUUUUCAACUCACGCUUGCGCUUGCAACAUCUAGACCAACGAGGCAGACUGGUGGUGGAAACCAUUCGAGUUUCUUGACCCAACCGGAGAAUAAGUUUCUUCCGCCCUUUUUUAGCUUCCUAUUAGCCUAGACGGCGUUUGAAGCGACGAGCAGACAUCUUCCAAACUGCUGGAGAGCUAGCUUCCACAGCUCGCUCAGCAUUAUCGAUCGGGGUUCCACGCUUCACUACUUCAUACGGAUGACGAUGAAAAGAGUUGUCAGGAAUUCCUCGAAAAGUGUUUUUGAGUUAUGUGGUCGGUCAAGGAAGAAGGAAGAAUCCAAAAAGUUUCAGAGCAAAAAAAAAAAAGAAGAAGAAGAAGAAGAAGAAGAAGAAGAAGAAGAAAGGAAAAUAAACGAUGCCGUUUUUCCCGCAAGCGAAUUGGGAGCUUGUUGGCCCCGAGGUUUCUUUCUGCUCCUAGCGUUUCUUUUCUUUUCCCAAGCACCAGCAGUCUGCGCCAGUCACAUCCCAUCCUGAAUAAUAAUAAUCAAUGGAAUGGAGUUCCUCCACCCUCACGAGCAGCGUUCAGCACUAAUCCUAAUCAACACUGAUAUCUCCUUUUUAAGUUGAGCUACUCCAUCACUCUUACGAACAGGAUUCUGAGGCUGGCCGCUGUGACCAGUGAGCCGCAGCGUGAUACGAGAUUUCGGGUUUCACUCAAAUGACGAUGCUCGAUUUAUCCCAAAUGGUUUCUCCACAACUCGGAAGAAGCGAGUUCUGUGCAGUCAGAGCCCCGGCCAUCAGAGAACAACCAUGGAGCUGCUUCUGGGACCUCGUAAGAGCGCAGAAUGCCUGACUCGUCGAAAAGCAUUUUCGAUCCAAUCAAGCCAGAUUUGCAGGUCGCUUGUGGAGUCUAUGAGAACUCAAUACGAGCCGCACCUUGAGCCUCACUAUUAUUAUUAUAAUGAUUCUGCUGAGGAUGAGAAAAGGGGUUUGCUCUUCACGCGCCGUGGCGUGCGAGAGGGCUUGCGAAGUGUGCUUGUGAAAGCAUAUAUAUAUAACUAGAGCAAAGUCUCUUUCUUUCCUCUAGUUAGCGAACGAUUCCACUUCCAUCACAUCUUUGAUCAACUGACCCCUCGUCCUUCAUUCUUUUAAAUCGAACUUGCUCGCUGUUCUUUUUAUAUCCUUCACUUCAAUAAAGAUAGUUACCCCAUCAUUUUACGCUCAUAUAACUACACUUUUUUUUUCUUUUUUUAAUUUCCAUAAACCUUUCGCGUUAAUAUACCUCCAACAAUAUGUCUGGCCCCGAAACAACUGGCAGCUCUAACUGGGGAAGCUCGCUCUGGGACUGCUUCAACCCCAUUGAUACAUGUUUAAUGGGAUGGUGCUGUCCAUGCGUCCUCUUCGGCAAGACCCAGGCUCGCCUGGAUGACCCCAGCCUGGCCAACUUCAGCCCAAUCAACGAUAAUUGUCUUAUCUUUUGCGGCAUGAACUGCUUCGCCGUCGCAUGGCUCCUCCUUGUAAAGAGGCGCACCGAGCUGCGCGAGAAGUACGGCAUCACCCAAACCCAUCUGGAGAAGUUCCUGAAAUGGGAACCUGGCACCAUCAAGGCCAAGCACAACUAUGAAGAGUCCCUGGUCCAGGACUGCCUUGCCUCCUUUUUCUGUCCUUGCUGCGUUGUUGUCCAGCAGGAGAAAGAGGUGCUUGCUCGACAGGCUGCUGGGCAGACUGGUUAUCAGAAGCCCCAAGCUAUGGCUUACCCUCCAGCCUAGGCGAUGGGGAUGCUACGGUAAGGGGGAAAGUUGAUACACCAUGGGUGAGGAAAUGGGUGUUAUGAGAAAUAAUGGAUAUUAUUUGAUCAAACAAAUUAAAUUUCAUACGGGUUAUUGGGGCUGGUUGGAUAUAAGCGGACUUGAUGCAAAUUUUGUCGAUUUCCCGCGCAUUCUCUCUCUCAUUUCAUAUUUUCCCUUUGUUAUAACUUUUUGUCACUAGAAUAAUACCCUGCUAAAAAGUGUUCACUUCAAUUAGAUUCCUUUCAUUUUUAUUUUUAUUUAUAUUUAUUUUAUUUUUUUGUUAGAAUUCCCGCUUCAAAUCCCCCCUAACAAGAAGAUCAACCGAGGAACAGGUCGGAUUUUCUCAAAAAACCCUCCCCCCCUUUUUAUUAUUUUAUAUAUUCACCUCUCACCCCCUGUCAUUUCCACACAACAAGCAAAAGCUAAGAAAAGAGCCUCACACGACAGUUAACUACUAACUUUUUGUCCCCGCCCAAAAUCCUUGUCCCGUCAGCCUGCUAGUCCGUAGUUACAGUCUCUUUCAGAGCCCCAGUCUAGUCUGCUAGCUCGCUCA